CGCUCAGACUCUGCCAGGAAGCGCAGAGGCGGGCAACUCCGUGCCAUGGCUGAGCCAUCCCGAACGGCCGAUCCUCUGCCCCGCGGCAAGCAGUAACCUAGCCAGCCAAGCCAGCCCCAGGUGGGGGAGGGACGCCCAGCUCCACCCCAGGAUGCCGUUUGGCUGCAUCGGACUGCGGGAUGAAAAGAAUUACAACAGCCUUUCUGACAUCACCGACAAGUAUGAGAUUGGACAGCUGCUACGAGCGAAGGAAUUCUGUGAGAUCUGUGUGGCCCGUGAACGACAAACAGACAGACUGUACAUCUGCAAGAAAUUUCUCAAGAAAGAUGGACGCAAAGUGCGAAGAGCAGCUAAGAAUGAAAUCUUCAUCCUAAAAAUGGUCAAUCACCCCAAUAUCUUACAACUGAUUGACACAUUUGAAACGAGGAAGGAAUUCUACAUUAUCCAAGAACUGGCUACUGGCGGCGAUGUUUUUGAUUGGAUCCUAGACCAGGGCUACUACACAGAAAAGGAUGCCAGCAAUGUUGUGCGGCAAGUGCUGGAGGCAUUAGCUUAUUUACAUAAUCUGCACAUUGUUCACCGCAAUCUAAAGCUGGAGAAUCUUAUGUACUACAACCAGAAUAACCGCUCAAAAGUGGUUCUGCGGGAUUUUUAUCUCUCACGCUUUGAGAAUGGUGCCAUCACGGAACCAUGUGGGACACCUGAAUAUUUAGCUCCUGAAGUGGUUGCUCGGCAACGCUAUGGACGUCCUGUUGACUGCUGGGCUGUUGGAGUUAUCAUGUUUAUUCUAUUGUCUGGGAACCCCCCCUUCUAUGAUGAUACAGAUGACGAAAAUAGCGACAGUCACAACCGCCGAAUCUUCCGCAAAAUUCUGGCUGGGGAGUAUGAUUUUGACUCUCCAUAUUGGGAUGAUAUCUCUGUCACUGCUAAAAAGUUGGUGUCGAGGCUAAUGGAGGUAGAUCAGGACCAACGAAUCACAGCCCAAGAAGCCUUGGGACAUAUCUGGAUAUCUGGAAACAUUGCUUCCGAAAAAAACCUCAAAGAAGGGGUCUGUGCACAGAUUGAGAAAAAUUUUGCCAAGGCCAAAUGGAGGAAAGCCAUCCGAGUCACUACAUUCAUGCAACGUCUCCGGGCCACAGAUGUCAGUGGCCGCCUCCCUGUUACUCCUCGUACCUCUAUGAGCGUGGCUCACGAGGUCACCAUUGAAGCUCCCAGACUGGCUGAACAUUUGGAGACUCCAUGUUCACUAGAGGAGCAAGAGAGCAAGACAGAAGUAGCUGCUGAGCAGAGAGAAUAAUUGCUCUUCCUUCCUGAUGUUUUCUCUGCUGGAUCAACACCCGCUGCUCUUCAAAGGGGAGGGGUCUGUGGGAUAGCAGCAUGGGGGGAGCUUCACAGUGGUAUUAUCCAUUUCCCUAUUCCUGCCUAUUUGUCAGGAGCUACUUGGUUUGAUGAACAGGCGACUGGACAUCAGGACCAAUCAACCAUAUCAGGUUACAUAUUGUAUAUAUAUAGGAAAUAAAGGCUGAGGAUCAGAGGCACCAUUAGCUAGAUGAUUUUCAGCUGUCAUCAAACGCAGUAUACACCUCAUACCUUUAUGGGAGCAUAGGCCUGCUUUUGAAGCCUUUCCCAGUAGCCAGUACAAGCCAUGGCCCUUGUCCUCCAGCUUUACUUGUCCCCCAUGCAAUGAACCCUUAUGCCUUGCUGAGUGACAGUAUCUCUCAGGUCCAAAGACCAAGGUCCCACAAUAUUUGCAUCCCUGCCUCUGUGGUUUCAUAGGGGCUUAGAAGACAGCACAGUUUGAUUCACAGUUGCUUCCCUCAGGGUGGGAAGCCAAAAAGGGAAAAAAACUUCACCUCCUACUUGUAGAUACUCUUAGGAACUAAGAAUGCCUACACUGCUGGCAAAAAUGUAUCCAAAGAGAAUGGAAAAGAGGGUAAUGCCAAUGCCAGGAGACAGACAGUCCAUUCCACAAGUCAAGAGGUCAAUUUUCCAGCUUUCCCCCCCAUUCUGCAGUGCUGGUCUCACAUGUAAUUGUUAGCAACAGCAGGAACAGCUGGGAAAGGCAGUAAUGAUGAAUUGUUACUCUGUUAAGUCGAAUCUCAACCUCAGCUGGACUGUGGAAGGAGGGAAUGGAGUAAGUGGGAUGCAUGUCCAGGCCAGCUGCAUGUUUUAUGAAGAUGUUAUUUUAAUACAGAAAAUCCUAGCUGCCCUCUCCUGGUGCUGUCUUUCCCUCCCCUGGGGCAGCUCUGGGAAAGAAAAUAAACAGGGUCUUUCUCUGAUUAUUGUCUUUUUUUUAAUGUGCUUCUUGGGGAUGAAUUUAUCAUCCAGGUACCUCAAAAAAAAACCAAGCAGAUUUGGGGAGAGGAGUAAGAAUCUAUUUUUAAUUUUCCUGCUUUGAAAAAUAAAAGGUUGUGUUGUCAGAACAUACUUAUUCAGGCUACAGAACCCAUUCAUUCAGGCUACUUAUAAAGACCUAGCAGUUACAGUUGUGCACAUUGCUAGAUCUGAGUGUUAGA